GGCUUUUUUUGGAUAAAAAUAGGUCUAAUCAUUGGGAUGUAUGGGUUGGAGAUGUUUGGCCGAUGGAGAAGUGUACGGGCUGGGGAGUAGUCGCAAUUACCAAAUGAGGGUUAAAAUGUGUACGGACCCGAGAGCUUAAAUAAAAGAGAACUCAGACGAUAGAAUUGCACCACGGAGACGGCCGGAGCUCUGCCACCUCCCGCCGGAAUCUAUGGCUACAUUCACAGCGAGUCAGCCGCUUGGUAGAACUAGGGCUGUCACUCUAAAGCGCAAAUACGAAGACGGCCAACCCUCUGGUGUCAAGCGGCAUGCUCAAGAAGUGGCUUCAAUCUGUUCAAGUUCAAAACUGUGCUCUGCAGCUGGUAAGGGAAAGUAUUCCCAACAUCAUCAUCACCAUGCUGAUGAGGGUAAGAAUAUAACAAAGAAGAGUGGUAGUCAUCGACCCUCCAAAUUCCAAUGCGCUAUUUGUUUUGAGGAAGAACCAAUGUCUGAUGGGUUUGAAAUCAAGGUGUGUCAUCACGUCUUCUGUGCUACCUGCAUGACCACGUACGUUGCCACCAAGAUACGCCAAAACGUUGUGAAGGUCACAUGCCCAACCCCAAAAUGUCCCUCGGAAUUGAAACCAAGACAUUUGCAGACCAUUUUGCCUCGUGAAGUUAUCGAUAGAUGGGAAACCGCAAGAUGUGAAUCCACAAUUGCUGAGUCUCAGAAGACUUAUUGCCCCUUCAAUGAUUGUUCGGUUUUGUUGGUGGAUGACGGAGGGGAAGUUGUGACCAGUGCCGAGUGCCCGUCAUGUCACCGGCUGUUUUGUGCACAGUGUAGGGUUCCAUGGCAUGGGAUGAUGACCUGUCGAGAAUUUCAAAGGAAGAAGAACAUGAACAAAAAUGAACAAGAUUUGGAUAAAAAGUUCUUCAAGCUGGCCGAAAAGAAAAUGUGGCAAAAAUGCCCAAGUGCAAGAUGUUUGUGCAGAGACGAAGUGGAUGUGAACACAUUAAAUGCAGGUGUGGAAGAAGCUUCUGCUACCACUGUGGGGAUAAAUGGUAUUCUGGACAUAUAUGCAAGAAACAUCGUCCUUCUUCUUGAAGCAGGGCAGGGCAGGGCAGGGCAAAAUAUAGGAGAUUUUGUGUUUUAGAAUUUUCAAUUUGUUAAAUAUGACAGAUAUAUUACUCUUAUUAUUUAGAAUAUCUGGUUAUCCUGUUUAUCUAGACUUUACCUCCUCCCCGUGUAUGUAUAAAUACCCCGACAUAUGAUGAAUAAAGUAUUCAGUUCACAACACGUUAUCAGCAGUUCUUGGGUUC